AUGUCGGAAAAGGCUAACAAGGCUCCUGGGAAGACCCCUUCUGCAAAGACGAGUGCACGUGCUCAGCAGCAGCAUGCUGGAGAGGAUGAGGAAUUGGAUCCUACGCAAUACUACGAAAAUAGGCUCAAAGCACUUGCUUCCCAGAAGGAAGCUGGCAAGAACCCAUACCCCCACAAGUUUCAAACAACAAUGACAAUUCCUGAAUAUGUGAACAAGUAUGCGAGCUUGGAAAGUGGGGAUCAUCUUGAAGAUGUUGAUGUGUAUUUAACUGGUCGAAUUAUGACCAAACGAACUUCAGGGAAGAAGCUUGUCUUUUAUGAUUUACAUGGUGGUGGUGCAAAAGUCCAAGUUAUGACUGAUGCAAGCAAAUCGGAUCUGGAGUUGGAAGAAUUUACUGCAUUUCACUCUAGUGUCAAACGUGGAGAUAUUAUUGGCAUUGUUGGAUUCCCAGGCAAAAGUAAGAGGGGAGAAUUGAGUAUUUUCCCCAAAAAGUUCAUAGUUUUAUCCCACUGUCUACACAUGAUGCCACGGCAAAAGGCAGCUCCAGGGGCAGACAAUUCUAAGAAAACUGAACUGUGGACUCCUGGAACUGGAAGAAAUCUUGACUCAUAUAUUUUGAAGGAUCAGGAAACACGAUACAGACAACGUUAUUUGGAUUUAAUGUUGAAUUCAGAAGUUCGUGGAAUAUUUAAGACCCGAGCCAAAAUAAUCACUUAUAUUCGGAGUUUCCUGGAUAAUCUUGAUUUCUUGGAGGUUGAAACUCCCAUGAUGAACAUGAUUGCUGGAGGAGCAGCAGCACGUCCAUUUGUCACUCAUCAUAAUGAAUUGAACAUGAGGCUUUUUAUGCGCAUUGCACCUGAACUAUAUCUUAAGCAACUUGUUGUUGGUGGCCUGGAUCGUGUUUAUGAGAUAGGGAAGCAGUUCAGGAAUGAGGGAAUUGACUUGACGCAUAACCCUGAGUUUACUACAUGUGAAUUUUAUAUGGCUUAUGCGGACUACAAUGACUUGAUGGAGCUUACAGAAAAAAUGCUGAGCGGGAUGGUCAAAGAGCUCACUGGUGGUUACAAAAUACUAUAUCAUGCAAAUGGCCAGGGAAAUGAUCCCAUUGAAAUUGAUUUUACCCCACCCUUCAGGAGGAUUGAUAUGAUAUCUGAGCUGGAGAAGAUGACGAAUUUAAACAUACCCAAAGAUCUGUCUAGUGAUGAAGCUAACAAAUACCUGGUAGAUGCAUGUGCAAAGUUUGAUAUCAAAUGUCCUCCUCCACAAACAACAACUAGAUUACUGGAUAAGCUUGUUGGGCACUUUCUUGAGGAGACCUGUGUGAACCCUGCUUUCAUAAUUAACCAUCCAGAGAUUAUGAGUCCAUUGGCGAAGUGGCAUCGGUCAAUACCAGGGCUGACAGAGCGGUUUGAGUUAUUUGUUAACAAGCAUGAGCUCUGUAACGCUUAUACUGAAUUGAAUGAUCCUGUUGUGCAACGACAGCGAUUUGCAGACCAACUGAAGGAUCGCCAAUCUGGUGAUGACGAGGCAAUGGCGUUGGAUGAAACAUUUUGCACAGCCCUCGAGUAUGGUUUACCCCCAACUGGUGGCUGGGGACUCGGCAUUGACCGCCUUGCUAUGCUUUUAACAGAUUCGCAGAACAUUAAGGAGGUGUUGUUGUUUCCAGCUAUGAAACCACAGGAUGAACCAGCUGCGAAGAAACUUUCUGAAUUAUCCUUGAACAAAGAUGCCGUGUCCAGCAACUCCAAUGCCGGUGGAUCAUAG